GUUAAUUUUAUUAAUGACCAAAUGAAGACAUCAUUUGACAUACAGUUGCCGCAAAAGCCAUCAAUAAGCAAAUUAAAUCUCAGGCUGUGGCACGAAGAACUGAAAACAUGGCAAAAUUAGUGAAUUAACUUUACAUUUUUUAUUUAUAUGUUUAUUUUUUUAGGGCCUGGUUUGACUCACAUAUGCAUUUUAACUGAAUAGCGGUGUGUGUAAUUGUUACACAUCCACUUAGAAUUUUUAACUCCAUUGUUUCAGUAUUUUCAGAUUCUGAAUGUGUUGAUUGAAAGCUUUACACAAAUGAACAAAACACUGUGGUAAAUUUUAAACCUUUUAUUUCUCAGCCUGAACAAGGAUGUGCCAAUCACUGGUCACUCCCACUCAGUGCAUAUCUGUGCACUGAUCUGUUCAGCAUUGUACAAAUGCAUCCCGGGACCUUUCCCAUCCAUAUUUAGAGAUUUUGUGUUGUUGUUUUUUGUUCUUUGACCGUGAUACCCAGACACAACUGGAAUUUAAAUCAAGCCCCUGAAAAGGGAAGAAUUGCUCUUGGUGCCAGCGACUCAGUUUCCCAAACUUUCAAUAGACCAGCCAGUUAUAUAAAUAAAGGCAAGAAUGUCCUAAUGACAUUCACAGAGCUAUCAUAUAUUUCCCAGUGAUAUCUAUCUGGCACAAACUUGAUCUUAUGAAGGAGGAGGGGAAAAACAGGAUUUGUUUCAUUAACUGCAUUAUCGCUGCAAUGCAUGGAGGAGAUUCAGUUGGCUUCAUGAUUCUGACUUCAAACACUUUCAGAUUUCACUAGAUGCAAAGGCGCCAGAAGUCUUUAAUCUUGCACUUUCUCUCGCUUUUGGCUUUCUGUAUCAUGGCAUUUGAAUGGGCUGUCCCUGUGAAUGUCUGGAGCCACCCACACUGUCGUCUGGUUGCCAGAUGUACUGUAUUUCUUUGUGGCCCUUAGAAGGGUUAGAGCAGCUAUCCUGUCACUGUGAGAAGAGAACCAGAGAGGCACUGAGCGAGAAAGAGAACAAAAGAGAUUAGCAAAUCUUCGGCAGUGGCUGAAGUUAAAACAAAAGGCUUUUUAUGUUAAGAUUCUGCUAGCAAGAGGAAACUGAUUUCGUGUUGACAGGAUUUACACUUAAAGAGAGACCUGAACCCUUGCUGAAACUAAGAUGCAAAAACCUAAGGAUGUGACCACACGCGGCACAGCUGUGAGACCCACUGUGCAGAUUAUGGGUACGAGUGCCAGUGCAACUUCCCAGGCUGCUCCGUUUGCUCCUACACACCAGGCUGAUCACCAAGGGAAUGGCAUGGCUGAGCACAGACGCUCACUACAGUCUGUGAACAUUCACAACAGCAAAGCCAAAUCCAUCAUCACAAACAAAGUGGCCCCUGUUGUCAUCACAAAUAACUGCAGGGAAGAGUUUCAGAUUCAUGACAAGAUCCAAUCUGCCAACUACUCAACGGGAAGGAUAUCUGACCUGUUGCCAGAGCACUACCUAGUGCUGGGGGAGUUUUUUAUGGUACAGGAUGUAUACAAUAGAGCUGAUGUCUUAAAUACUACAAAAAGCCACGGGGCCCCCAACUUCCGCAAGGUCAAGGGAAAAUACCCCCUUUUUGGAAUGGGUCAACCUAGCCUGAAUGGUUUCAAACAGGUCCUCCAGAGAUUGCAGAUUGACGGCUGUGAGGAGGCGAUUUUCAUCUGUGUGAGGGAGGAACCAGUGGUCUUCUUCCGCUCAGGUGGAGACUUUAUUCCGUAUACUCCCAGAGGAAGAGAGAACCUACAUGAGAACCUGCAUGACCUAGACAGAGAGCUCAGCGCAGAGCAAAUAGAGCUCUCCAUCCGGAAAGAGUUGUGUGACUUUGCAAAGCUGAGUGAAAACAAGUUCUAUGUCUAUAAUGACAUUGAGCAUUUUAAAGAUGAACCUCAGCAGGUUCAGAUUCUGUCAGAAGAGGACAUUCAUGUCACUGAGGAGGUCUACAGAAGACCACUUUUCAGUCAACCACAGCACAGAUAUUACAGAUUGCCGCUCCCUAUGGAAGGGGCCCCACUUGAGGAGACAUUUGAUGCCUUUGUUAAUAUACUCAGGCUGACCCCAAACCUCUUUUUGAUGCGGGACAGCUCCAGACCUCCGCCUGCACUGCUCUUCAGCUGCCAGGUGGGGGUGGGACGCACCAAUCUUGGCUUAAUCCUGGGAGCCAUAGUCUUCCAUCACCUGCAGGGGGCAGCAGAGAGCCCCAGGCAAGAAAUGCAGAAGAGUGAACACAAAUUGGAUUUCCAAGUGAUUGAGUUGCUGAUCAGUCGCCUACCUAAAGGUCAACAAGUCCUUGAUGAGGUUGACGAUGCUAUUGCCAUGUGCUCUGAUAUGCAUAAUAUAAAAGAUGCUGUGUUUGAAAACAAGCUGAAGCUUGAAGGCAUUGGCGAAGAUUACCAGAUUCAAGGAAACAGCACAAAAGGCUAUUUCCUGCAAAGAACACUGCAAAGUCUUGAACGCUAUGUGUACUUAUUAGUAUUCAAUGCAUAUCUUCAUGAACAGUAUCCACAGGCAUUUCCUCAGAGCUUCAGUCAGUGGCUGUGUAUGAAUGCUUGGAUCUACAGACUGCUGGCCUGCAUGGAUAGCUCUGAACUCUCAACACCAGCCAGCCUCAUAACUGAUGGGAUUCGAGUUCUGGUGUCCAGUCAAUUUUUAGCAACAGAUUUGCUCAGUACAGCCAAGGAGAUGAAAGUGGCCAAUUUCAGACGUGUUUCCAAAAUGGCUCUAUAUGGGAUGGCCCAGCCAAACUCUGAGGCUGUGGCUGUCGUGAUGUCCUACCUGACAGACCAGAGGCGAGGGCACUCUACAAUUCUCUGGCUGAAUCUGCAAGAGGAGCUUGUGCUGGAGGCAAACGGACAAAUGUUCACCCCACGAGAGCCAGGCAGUCUCGAACAGCCUAUUCCAGUUUGUGUUCAACAUCCACAAAAGCUCCAGGAAAUGGAGCUGGCACUGAAGCAGGACAUCCUGAGGUGUGAGAAAUGGCUGGAGGUGAUUACAGAGCAGGAUAAACAGAUGAGAAUGUUUAAGACUUGUCAAACGAUUGAGGAGCUCUUUGUCCAUCAGAAGAGUGUUCAUCCUGGUCUGAGCUACCAACGGAUCCCUCUGUCUGACUUCUGUGCACCUAAAGAAGAGGUUUUUGACCAGUUGUUGGAGGCCAUGAAGAGCAGUCUGGCUGAAGACCCCAACUGUGCUUUCAUCUUCAACUGUCAUGAUGGGAAAGACCGAACCACUGCAGCCAUGGUCAUCGCCACUCUCACCCUGUGGCACAUUAAUGGCUUUCCUGAGUGUGAAGAAGAUGAGAUUGUAAGUGUCCCCGAUGCCAAGUACACCAAAGGAGAGUUUGAGGUGGUAAUGCAGGUAGUAAGGGUGUUACCUGAUGGCCAUCGUGUGAAGAGAGAAGUGGACGUUGCUCUGGAUGUUGUUAGUGAGACGAUGACCCCCAUGCAUUAUCAUUUACGGGAAGUCAUCAUAUCCACUUACAGACAGAUUAAGAAGGCUAAAUCAGAGGCCGAUGCUCAGUGUUUGCGGUUAAGGAGUCUGCAGUACCUCGAGCGUUACAUUUAUCUCAUCCUGUUCAACUGCUACCUCCACCUGGAGAAGAAAGACUCCUGGAGGCGAUCCUUCAGCCAGUGGAUGUACCAGGUGGCAGCUAGAGCUGGUGUGUAUGCCAUCCUCAACCAUCUGGGCUUUUCUGAGUUUGAGAAUCCUGACGACUCUCUGAUGGCCAGGCUCCGUUUCCGCUGGCUCCCACACAGUGUCCAGUUUAUUCCCAUGCGAGGGCAACUUAUUUAGAAAGGCACAGUAUGUCGAACUAAAUACUGACUCAAAUUUCAUUAAUAUGUUUUUAUUACAAUUUCUAUCAGUCUCAUUAAAUCAAGUGAUUUAAUGCAUCCUGUUAUCUUAUUUACAUUUUGAACUCUCUCUUUGACUUGGCAGUGUUAUGUUUUGUCUUUGUAAAAUAUAAGACAACAAACAGAAAGUUGUUAACCUAAUGAACCACACAUAAAUGCUAAUAAAAGUUUUAAUGCUGGCCUUUAAAAGGUACAUUUGCACACUGUUAUAAAAUGUCACCUCAUUUGUAUAUAAAACAUUUAAUGACUUGAGAUUUGACUUAAUGUGACGUCUUGCUGGAUGAUCAUUUACAUUCAUGUAUAUCAUUAAAUUACUCUAUUUUUCUUAUACAUCUUUUUGAACCGUUUAAUUCAUUAAGUCUUUGCACAAAACUUAGUUUAGUUGUGCAAUUUGUCCAGUGGAGCCCAUUAAGGAUCAUUUAAUAAUUCCAUUCAAUUAAUUUAACUAAAAGGGGAAAAAAUUGCACAGCUUGAAUGUUUUGAAUAGCCUUAAGUUAUAGACUGAACAAACAGAUGUCUUUGACAUCAUUUCUAUCCUUCUUGUCCUUCAGACUUGAAUUGUACAUAAUAACCUGAUGUUCCUCCUCUAUACAUGUCAGGUUUAAAAUUAGUUUCCGAUUAAAAAUUACACUUUCCGAUUUCUGACAGGUUCUAAAUUUGCAGUAAGCACUGCCUGGAUGAGAUUGACCCAUCAGAAUCAAGUAUGCAAAAAAAAAUUAUACACACACACACACACACACACACACACACACACAUAUAUAUAUAUACCCAAUUAGAAUGCAAGCUGUGUAAUAUUUAAACUGAAUGAAAACAAGUGACAUAAUUUUUUAUUACAUUUUUGUCUUCAUCCUCAUUUAUGGAUUUUCCCCUCAUGUAAAAGGUGUAGGUGUAUAUAGGGAGAAACAACUCAUACAGUAACAAAGGCACAGAAUAUGUCUUAUUUCUUUCCCCCUGAUUCCAGGCUCAUGUCUCUGAUCUGUCUGUGUAUAAAGGACUGUGGGUCAGAUAAAAUUAACCCUUCUUGGCACUCAAUAAUAGUGAAAAGCCAUGUGCUUUGGAGAAACUGUAUCUUUAUUGUCCUCCCAGCAUUGUCUUGUUAAAUGUGAGCCACAAUCAUCACAAUUAAAAGAACCAAAGACAGUCUGUGUCC